GUUUCAAGUCAGAGACAAAAGAGCUCUCGUCAAUCCACAAAUCACAAGGAAAAGUUUUUAUAUAUUUCCCAUAUCAAAGUUCCAAUCUUUCUUCAAUUUUUGAGUGUUAAAGAUUGUUUCUCUUUUGUGGGUUUUGUCUGUUUUUCGGCUGCAGAAAGCUCAGAAUUGUUAAUCUUUUAAGCUUACUAUAGAUUAGAGAGAGAGAGGGAGAGAGUUAUAGAAGAAUGGAAUCAGCAUCUACGUCGUCAUCAACAUCGAUAAUAACACCAGAAGAUGUGUUAGAAUCAUUAAUGAAUGAUGGUACCAUUGAUGCUCUUAGACUGAAGAUCAUCAAUCAGCUCAAAGCGAAUGAAGAGUUAAAGAAUACUGCUAUUAGAAUGGCUGAGCAGAGCAAGGUUUUGAACACUCCUGGAGCAGAGAAACAGACCAAAAGAGAGUUAUUUGAUGCACUUCGACAGGAGCUGGAAGCUCCAGUGCUUGAGAAGGCCUCUAGAUCAGUUUGGGAGUUGAUUUUAGACAGCAAUGGAUUGGGGAAAGAAAUAAGUGAAACAGUUGAAAGAGUGUAUUGUCGAUUAAGUGGCCAGGAACCUCCAUUGUUUCCACAACCAAACGCUGAAACCCAGCCAAAUAAAGGAAAUGACUGCAAGGGGAGGGAAGAAAAGGAAGAGGAAAGUGAAAGUCAAAAGGAAAAAUCAAGCUCAAAUUCUAAAAAGAGGAGUCAUAGAGAGAUGAGUAUGGAAGCAGGGGCAAACGAAGUUGCUAACCAGACAGCAAAUGAAGUUGCUGGCAAAUCUGUUGAUCUUCCACCAGCACAGGAAGGAGCUAACAAGUCCCCUCCAUCAACUUCGAAGACUUGAAUCCUUGCAUCAAAUUGGCCGUGUUACAGAAGUGACUCUGAAUGAGCUGUGUGUUACAAAAGUGACUCUGAAUGUGGUGAUCCUUGACUGUUAUCAUUGUCACAAAUCACACGGGCUUGGUGAAUCUCGUCGCUAGCUUGCUGUCUAAGCCAGCCCACAGUCAACCUGGCAUUGUUAGGACAUCCCUAGUAGUUUUUUCUUUGUUGAUUUCCUAGAAGUAAAUGUAGUAUCACAAGUCUUGACAUUUUUACCUCACAGCUGAUGACUUAACAUUUUUUCUUGCAUGCUUCAGUUUUAAUUAUUUGCGGUGCGUAUUGCUAGAAUUUCCUUUAA